CCGGACUCAGUUUAUGAACGGCAUCGCGGGGUUUAGCCGAGUGAGCUAACAGUGCGCGAGCCUGAGGGACAGAGUGCAGUGUUUAGUGUGAUUAAUGUGAUUAUAGGAUAAUGUGGAGCCUGGUCUGUGUGGGUUAGGUAGAUAAAUUCUGCAGAAAAGCAGAUUUACAGGAAACUCUACAGAGUUCUGCGAUUCUUACUAACGCUAAAGUGAAGGUCCAGUCAUGUCGACUAUAUCUCAUGGUUUUAAAAGCAGCAAGCAGGACUUCACGUUUGGACCAUGGAAAGUCACUGCGGCAAAAACCCACAUUAUGAAGUCUAAAGAUAUUGAACGGUUAGCAGAGGAGAUGCACAUGCCCUCUCUACCAGAGAUGCUUUUUGGAGACAAUGUAUUGCGCAUUCAACACACUGAUGGGUUUGGCAUUGAAUUCAAUGCUAUUGACGCUCUUAAACGUGUUAACAAUGCUCAGGACAUGGUGAAAGUAGCUUGUGCUCAGGAAUGGCAGGAGAGCAGAGCUGAUUCUGAACACAAGGACGUGGUGAAACGUUACGACUGGACGUACACAACAGAUUACAAAGGGACGCUACUGGGCGAGGACCUACAGAUGAAGGUGUCUCCCACAACAGAGAGGAUAGACCUGGAGAAGCUAAAGGCUCGGGAGCAGAUCAUGUUCUUUGAGGAUGUGUUGCUGUUUGAGGAUGAACUGCAUGAUCAUGGUGUGUCCAUGAUCAGUGUCAAAAUAAGAGUGAUGCCCACCAGCUUUUUUGUGCUGUUGCGCUUCUUUCUGAGAGUGGAUGGAGUGAUGAUCCGGAUAAACGACACACGGCUUUAUCAUGAGGCUGGAAAGGACUACAUAUUAAGAGAGUUCAGCACACGAGAAAGCAAAGUGUCAGCUCUUCAGCACGUUCCACCUGCCUUCUACACAGACCCCAAUGAGAUCGCUCAGCACUUACCCCUCAAGAUUACAGAGUGUGAGAAGCUGGAGUUCUCCGAGCAAGAGCCACCAGCCGAGUCCACCAACGCUCCACAGUGACCCCCCUCACACAGGGUCUUACACCUUAUUUGCAAACCUCAGAGUAAGUGUGCUGAUCUAUAACUUGAGAGAAUAAAAACCAGAUCAGCAUUCAUACUGUGAGAUGUUUAAUGCAUCUGAGCCUGGGACUGGAGCUAUGAUGAGCUAAACGCCUGCCUCUGCCUGUUGAGAUGACCUCGAGUGCAGGUCCAGCAUGCUCUCAUCUCAUUCUCACACUGAAGACUUCUUUUACAACGAAACACUUAGAGCCUGUCUCAAUCUGUGGCACUGUUACUGGAACAUCACUGUCAGUGUUGUCCUGUAAAACUCUCUCUGAGUUGAACUCACACUCUUGAUGUAAAUUGAAAUGUCAGAGGUUGAUAUGUGAUGAUUCUGCAUUUUUUAUAUAAAGCAGGAGGAGUGAAAUGUAA